AUGACUGUUCCUGGACGCCCCAAGCUGUGGUGGAAGCAUGCUGUCAUCUACCAAAUCUACCCAGCAUCAUUUUGCGACUCCAAUGGAGACGGAAUCGGAGACCUUCCAGGCAUCAUCUCCAAGCUUGACUACAUAGCUCGCCUCGGAGUUGAUGUCGUCUGGAUCUGCCCUAUGUACGACAGCCCUCAGGUGGACAUGGGCUACGACAUCUCCAACUAUGAGGAUAUAUACCCUCCCUACGGCACCCUGCAGGACAUGGAGACUCUUAUUCGCGAGGCUCAUGUUCGGGGCAUGAAAGUCAUGCUAGAUCUUGUCAUCAACCAUACAUCUGACCAGCAUCCCUGGUUCGAGGAAUCUCGUGCGAGCAAAGACAGCUCCAAGCGCGACUGGUACAUCUGGCGGCCCGCCAAGCUUUCUCCCACUGGAGAGCGUCUUCCCCCCAACAACUGGCGUUGCAAGUUUGGCGGCGGCAGCGUGUGGGAGUGGGACGAGCAGUCGGGCGAGUACUAUCUGCACUUGUUCGCCAAAGAGCAACCGGACCUGAACUGGGAGAAUCCCAUCACUCGCAAAGCGGUCUAUGCCUCGGCGAUGGAAUUUUGGCUUGAGCGCGGCGUGGACGGCUUUCGCAUCGACACCGUCAACAUGUAUAGCAAGCCGCCAGGGCUCCCAGAUGCACCAGAGCUGGACCCCGGAGCUCCAUAUCAGGCGGCUGACAUGCUGUACUGCAACGGCCCCAGGAUGCACGAAUUCCUCAGCGAGAUGAAUCAGAUCAUGGCCAAGUACGGCGCUAUCUCGGUCGGGGAACUUCCAUCGACGCCCGACAUGGCCCGCGUGCUGCAAUAUGUGAGCGCAGAAGCCAAGCAGCUGGACAUGGUGUUUCAGUUUGACGUCGUCAAUGUUGGGUUCAACAAGCCGCUGAGGUACGAUGCGGAGCCAAAGGACUGGCAAUUGCCCGAAUUCAAGGAGGCCAUCGCUCGUACCCAAACUCUGAUCAAGGGCACUGAUGCUUGGACGACGGUCUUUCUGGAGAAUCACGACCAAGCGAGAUCAAUUACACGCUUUGCAGACGAUAGCCAACAGUUUCGAGUUGCAAGCGGCAAGAUGCUGGCUCUUCUGCAGGCAUGCCUAAGUGGCACGCAGUUUAUAUAUCAGGGGCAGGAAAUUGGAGCCAUCAACGUGCCACAAGACGGUUAUCCGCUUGACAACUACAUUGACGUGAGCAGCCGCUUGUAUCUCGACUUUGUCCGAGAGCACCGCAACGGCCAAGGCAUGGACAAGGCCCUCGCUUCUCUGGCACAUUUUGCACGGGACCAUGCUCGCGUCCCCAUGGUUUGGAACGGGAAGGCCAAGUACGGCGGCUUCUCCGAGGAGGCAGAAAAGUCUGGAAAGGAGGUCAAGGAGCCCUGGAUGAAACCUCAUCCCUUGGGAGGGCAGAUUGACGUUGCUUCGCAGCUCGACGACCCGCACAGCGUCUUGACCUACUGGCAAAAGGCCGUGCUCUUCCGAAAGCAGUAUGCCGAUCUGCUCGUAUACGGCGACUACCGGACCCUGCGAGAGGAGGACAGGGAGACUUACACCUUUAUAAAGGAGCCGCCGUCUGGUGGAUCGGCCAAGGCCGUCGUUGCGCUCAACUUUACUGGCGAGGAGAAGAAGUGGGAGAAGCCAACGGCCGCAGAACUUGCCGUUGAGGAUGGCGCCGCGAUCAGUUUCGUUCCCAUCAUGUCUUCCUACGAUGGCAAAGUCGAUGAGGGAGCCUUGAAGCCCUACGAGGGACGAGUCUAUCUGGUCAGCUGGUGA